AUGCUAAAGAAAGGCAAGUACGUCAAUUACUAUCCCAACAUUGAGCAACGCCGUCUGUCGAACAUCGGUUGUGGUCAAGACGACCUGGCUGGGAUUAGUGCCUGGGUGGGAACAACACUUGAGAGGGACAUCGAAGCAGCGAUGCUUAACACGGAGCUUACAUUGGAUUGA